AACAGUGUUGAAUUACAUUGAUAAAUAUAAAGUGCCGGGGUGUAAUUGAAGAAAUCUAAUCGAUGUUUUUCGAUACCGCACCGGAUUUUCUGCAAAUUCCAUUCAGCAUAGAAAACCACCAACGAUUGGAUAUAGAUUUUCACAAGCAGAAUUAAAUGCUGUUUCGAUACGGUAGUAGUGGUCUCUGAAAUAUCUCUGCAUUCGGCACAGAGGAUCUAAUGAAACAGGAAUUUCGUAGCACAGAUACGCUCUCUGCCAAUAGAAGAUGCUGCAAAUUCAGUAGUUGCUAGAUGAUAAUAGAUUUGCGCUUAGAAGGAGAGCAACCAGCAGUGUGUCGCACAAGUGUUCGCAUUAAAAAUUGAUAGAAAUAGUCUGCAGAAGUGCUCAAAUUUGUGUUAUAUAUAUAUGAAUAUGUUCAAAAUGCAAAAUUGAUAUCUUGAAUUUUACUGGCAAAUUUUGUGUUUGGUGUCUGUGAAGUGUUCCGGGCUUAUUUCCGCUCACUUUAUUUCCUGUUAAUGCGGAGAAAUUUUUGCUGCGAGAGAAUUCCGGCCUCUUGAAAAAAAAAGUAUCAACCUUGCCAGCAGUAAAUGUUAUUCAGUACUACGAAGAAAGUGAGUGAAAGGAUUCAGUGUGGCCCAGAGUUGUAAUAUACACAGUGUUAACUCAAAUAAGUGUUUAACCAUCCGAAGAAAAAAUGAUUAGAAAAAUUAAUAAAUUCACAUAAUUGUAAAUAUGCUACAUGAAACGUUAGCAAUAAAAAUGUUUGUAAGUAAUGAUAUUGAAGAAAGUAAAUAUGACUACGCUUAAGGCCGUAUAGAAGUGGGUUUAAAAAUCGAAUGUGAAACUCAGCUACCUCCCAUGCGCUAACUUUCCCGGAACGUGGAAAGUAUCGCCGAAUCUUCUGAUAGCGAACUACAAAUGGUUAUAUAUUUUUAUGGCGCUGCUAGUUCGAUACUUCAUUCUAUUUGCGUUAGUACUUCUCUUGCUCAAUGGGUUCACAACAGUUUUAGUGUUUGCAUUUGUAAAUAAAGCUGGACCCGAUCGACUGCGUCUUACGGUGUCUCCUCCGAGGCAUGUAAUUAUUACCGCAAUCAAGAAUUCUCCUGUUUAUUUACCAUGCCACGCAGAAGCCGAAGUCGACGAUUGGGCAGACUCGGAUAUAGACAUGGAGGAUACCGAAUACGAAAACAACGAUAAUGAAGAUGUAGACAUUGUACAAUCAGCAAUAGAUCCCCAAGGCUUCUAUGAAGACGUGAUGAACUUAAACCAUCUUGCCCAUGACAAUAUCAACACCAACGCUAAUGAAAACAUCCUAAAUGAAAAAGAUGAAUAUGACGAAGAGACUGGUGAUCGAUACCGCCGCUCAAUGUUUAAUAGAGACGACCUUAUCGAAUACAUAUGGUACCGGAAUGGACUGGAAUUUUACAGUACUUCCUUCCAAAACCAGAAUCACAAACAAACCCAUAAAGGGUUUCGUCUUUUUCCAAACGGAACUCUAAGGAUACCCUACAAUCGUCAGCUGAAUAAUAUUUCAGCGGGCGUCUAUAGGUGCAGAGCGAACCUUACGCGCCAUGGCUCUGGUUCUAUUCUUUCUACAGAAAGCGUGGUUUCUGUUGCCUACCUGGAACGCAAUAAUUUUUUGAUAUCGGAAAAUAACACGAUCGCCUCUAAAACCCAUAAUUCGCUUGUACUGCAUUGUCCUUUUACCAGCCACCCACCAGCAAAUAUUUCAUGGAUGGUAAAUAGAACACAGAUCGUCUUCAACAACAACGCUGUAGGCGGGCAAGAAAACAGGUAUUACCAACUUCAAAAUGGAAGCUUACUUGUUGUGGAUAUUCAGCCUUCAGAUAAUGGUCGAUACCGGUGCAAUGCUACAAACAACUUUGCUUCGAAAAGUUUCCGUAGCUAUGGCUAUGUUCUCGUAGUUCAACUUAACCCGGAGAUAGAGCCAAAUGGGCAUUUGUUGCCCAAAAUGCAACAAACUGUUCAAAACAUACAUGCUGGCUCUACGCUAAAACUAAAUUGUGCUGGAGUUAAAGGUCGCCCACAGUGGGCUUUCACACCCCGUCAUGGGAAAAUACCAAUACAUCUUACCAAUUUCACAUACCAGCUACAGUUUACUAAUGUUUCUGUGGAGAAACACGAAGGAAUCUAUAAUUGCUCUCUCGGUGCUGAUUUUCAGCUGUUCAAUGUUACUAUUCUGGUGCCACCAAUGUUCCUCAACAAUAUGACCUCGUAUACAUCAUCUGUUGUCGCAUCUAUGUCAUUUAAUUGUAGUGUAAGCGGAAAUCCUCAGCCCAAAGUCACGUGGUUUAAAAAUGGAAGAGAGAUAAGGAAUAACUACAUAGUACAUUACAGUUAUCCAAUUCUUCGUAUCCAUACAAUCGAUCCAGAAGAUGAGGGGUUAUACCAGUGUAUCGCAAAAAAUGAGGCAGGUGAAACGAGCGUGUCCAUGUACCUAUCAAUCCGCGACAAAGAUAAGUACAAGCGAAUAUCAAAGCGUCCCGAGAACAUUCAAUGCUUUCCCCUAGAUACAACUAGUCUGUUUGUACGCUUUGAUCGUGGAGUGCAAAAUGUCAAUACGGAAUACGUUAUGUAUUACCUUGCAUCGGAAAAUCCAUAUACCUGGUACAGUUCGCCUCCAACUCAAUUACUUACGAAUAACAGUAUGAAAAUCACCGGGCAAAUGGUUACUCCAUUUCGGAGUUAUACAGUUUUUUUACGAGCUUGUACAGUGACUAGCGUACCCGAUGCAGAAUCUAUCGGUCCAGCGGGAAAAAAGCUGGUAAUUCCUUCAAAGCUAUCCAAAGGCGUGCAGUGCACCUCACAAGGAGUGCCUGUGUUGUCCACAUUUUUUCCUAACGGUAUUUUCAUCUGGUGGCCUCGGUAUGCCGGCUUGGAACCUACUGCUUUCAUAAUUCAGUUUAAGCAUGAUGACAGUUCAAGUUUCUACAACAUUUCGAAUGAAAUCACUGGUACAAGGCAAAUUUUGGAUGAUUAUAUAACACACGAAGAAGUACAGCCACUACUAAUGAAAAUAAACGUGACAACGAAACAUUAUCAUGAGAGUAUGCCUAUUGAAAACAACGGAAAACGAAAACGGAAACGUCGCCGGCGCGCGUUUGAUUUGACCAGUAAUCCCAAGCAGAUCUUUGAAUCCUUAACUGGUACGCAGUUGGAUCUAGAAAGGUACAACAAUCGGCAUGUUGGGGGAACUAAUUUGGAUAAACACGAUCAAAAAUUGCACCAGAUGCUGAUUACUCAAAUUAAGGUAUCUGGCAAUGUAACAGGAAUAUUUAUUCCGGAUAAGAAAAGUGUAAUUGUUAGAAUCCUUGGUUCUGUUGCACUUGAUGGAGAACCGCUGAAACAAGACCUACGAUUUGUACAGUGGAAAACAAUCGAUUCUUCUAUUCGUCGACCAGAUACAGUGAAUCGUUUUCAAGCCAAUCACAUAGAUGCCAGAAGUGUACAGUUCACUUGGAUUCGCUUCAUAGCCACAGAUUUAAUAAACAAGUGUUUAAUGUUGUGCUACAAAAACGUCAAUCAUGACGUUUUUAUACGAGGAGGGUCAAAUAGAAUUAACUGUUUAAGCAUACCAAAAGAUGCAACACAUUUCAAUUUGAUGGGUUUGCUACCAUAUACAUUAUACAAAGCUUUCCUGAAGCCAUGUCACUCCAAGGAACCAAUCAGCGAUGUCGUUGAUUUUCAAACGAAACAGGAUGUUCCUGGACCGGUUACAAAUCAUGCCCUCAUACGGAAAGACGGGAUUACAAUUACUUGGGGCGCGCCAGAAAAUCGAAAUGGUUUACUUCAAGGAUACCUGAUCGAAUGGGUUGAUAAGGACAAAGUACAUAACGCUGUAAACUUGACAGUAAAUGCAAAUCACUUUCAAUUCCCAAAUGUUUCAACCGAAGAUAAAAUAAAUAUUUCAAUAAGAGCAAUCGGCAGUACAGGAAUUGGAAUACCUAUUUACAUGAAUCUUUUGAAUCAUGUGGAUGUCACCUACGAAGGUGAACCUGAAAUUAAUAUUCCUUGGAUUCAAAUAUUUAUUGGAACUCUGCUAAUUGUACUUUUUGCUAUAAUAUGUUGUGUGUUGGUCGUACAUCGAAACAACUGUCGGAAAACACGCCUUCAAGCACAACAUACUGCACCAAUGGCGCUACAGACACACUCUGCAAGCUGUAAUGCUGAUAUCCAUGAGAUGCAAACCCUAAUCAGAACCUCAGAACAAUUGCCUGUAUCGAUACCUAAUGGAAAUUAUAAGCAACCACAAAACCAGAAACCCGUAGCUCAUAGGCAAGUCGUGAACACCGUAGAAGGUACUCAAGAUCAUAUCGCAACAUUAAACCUUACUGCCAGUUUAGAAUCUGCUAAUAUAAAAACACAAUUGAUGCCCUCGUACAAAAAUGGACUUAAACAACAAACAAAUAUAACUUCUCCGACAUCUACUACUUUACUUCCAAUCCAACAACCAUCAGUAUCCUCACAUCUUUUUAAUAGCGACAUAAGUUUACAGCACAGCACUCCUUUGAAAGUUGGCAGUCCGAUCAUGGAUCUACGACGACACACGCCAUACACCACUAUUAGUAAUAAUAUUUAUAGAAAUCCCAGUAGCAGUUAUAUGAAUGUAGAUCAAAACAAACCGCUAAAUUCUGGCGCACGAAAUGGCAGAAGAAAUCCUUCUAUGAGCACAGGGUUAUCAGUUCAAUUACAACCGAAACAUUCCUCGAAAGCCACUAGUAUUGCAGCGGAACAAGUGCCAAGUUUGGCACCUACCUCGACGUCAUUAACGUCUGCUUCUAACUGCUCAAUCCCAGCGACAGGGAAAAUUGAUAUGAUCAAGUCUUUUUCCUCGGUAAAACUUCCGCUAUUUCAAUUGUCUGAUCGUGCCGGGAUGAUAUGUCAUGCCACUAAACAGGAUAGCAAUAGCAAUGGCUAUGGAGCCCCCAAUUUACCUUCUGAAGCUUUUAGUGUGCCUCUGUCAGAAGUACGGAUUACCGAAAAUCCACAGUAUUCGAAAAACAAAAUAAGUGAAGGAACAAACUCUCCACCAGCAGUACAGAAAUCUUCGUUAUUUGACAGUAGCCAGCGCAGAUUAUUAGAUUUAACAAUAGAUAGUAAUAGUUUAGAUCAGUAUGACGAUGACGAAACUAACUGUGAUCAAAAUGAUGAAGCUAAUCAUUCUCGAAGCCAGCUUAUUAGAACUAGCUCUUCAAAUGAAUGUCGAAAACAGAAACCAUCUAUUCGACAUCGUUUACCGCCAGCAGGAAGUGAUAUGGAAGAAGAUGAUAAUAACAAUGAACAAGAAGCUACUAGUGAAGUUCUAGACAACCUUAACAGUGAAUGCAGACAUCUUCGUCAUCAUCAGUUACUAAAUCCGAGGCGUUUGACUUACCAGCGUACUGAUUAUGCAGGUACUUUUGGCGGAUCUCUUGACAGUAGUCAUGAUUUCAGUCAUGAAACUACCAAUGACAAAGGUGAUACAGACCUACCAGAAGAAAUAGAAAACUCUGCAUCGCUGCUAAACGAGAAUAACCUCAGUUCAAAACCAUUGCAUCAACAUGCCUCAAAUUGGAGCUUUCGACGACCGAUCGUUGGACCAAACGGUUAGUUCCAUUAUCGUCAUUUACUUCAAAAUUAUUUGAAGGUUACUGUAACGUUUAUGCGCGCCAUUAUUUAAAGAGAGCUUUGCGACCUAGAUAUAUUGUGAUUGUCCGACGUUUUGCAGUAUGAUGAUUUUACAGCAUGUGAUAAAUCAUCUGGAUUUGGAUAGUAUAAUUUCUAUAAGGCCAAUUUUACACUUGACCAUUUCGGUGCAAAUCUGACUGUAUUUUAACCAAAGCAAGCGUAGAGUCGUUUUAUGAAACUUUUAGCUUUGGAUGCCAUUUGUAUGGAUGAUGCCGCUAUUUUUUGUAAAAUGAAUGAAUUUGUAUCGUACAAAAUGGGUCGAAGGGUUUUAAAAUUUCAUGAAAUUUUACAUACGAGCAUAGUAUAUGGACUUAUUAAUGAAAAUAAUAUUAAAAAAAAUUCAAGGUCUCAUAUUUUUCAAGAAAGUCCCGAGGGAUAUUUUCACGGACUUCUUUUAUACCUUGUUUAAAAGGAACAAAAUAUAAUGCUAUCUUAAAACAUUUGCCACCUAAGGACUAUGAAUUAAGGAACAAAAAAUGUAUGUGUAGACUACAGAGACUAUAGGUAACAGAGGCGACAAGGCAUUCAAAAAUCGCCAAAUUUUGAAUCAUAACGGAAGCGCUGGACAGUCCAGCGCCUCUGCGGUUCAAAGGUAUAUGGGUACCAGCGAGCCACAUGCCAUGGCGGGUGUUGUGGGCAAGAAUGAUUCGAUUACAUUUGAUUCAUUUGACAAUAACGUCUCAACCGAGCAAAAUUUGGUAAAGUAAUGUAUGGGACAUUUGUGAAACUGGUUAUCCUAUUAUCUACAAUU